CAGGACCAGCAAUGUCUUUUCUUCCGUCGCUAAACUCGCGCUCGUCUAAAGGCUUCAAGACCAGCCAAGGCGCGCCCGCCCGGUCUGGAUCGUCAAACUUCCAGCUCCGACAGUAUGCAGAGGCUACGCUGGGCUCGGGCUCGCUGCGGAACGCCGUCAAGCUUCCUGAGGGCGAGGAUCUGAACGAGUGGCUUGCGGUGAACACGGUCGAUUUCUACAACCAGAUCAAUAUGCUAUACGGCACAGUCACACAGUUUUGCUCGCCUGCUUCGUGUCCGGAGAUGAAGGCUACCGAUGAAUACGAGUACCUGUGGCAGGACAACGAGAAGUUCAAGAAACCUACAAAGCUGUCGGCGCCGGAUUAUAUUGAGCAUCUUAUGAAUUGGGUGCAGGCGUAUUUCGAGAACCCAGCGGUGUUUCCUGCAAAGAUCGGAGUACAAUUCCCAAAGAACUUCCUGCAAAUCAUCCGCACGAUCUUCAAACGUCUGUACAGAGUCUACGCGCACAUCUACUGCGAGCACUUUGAGGUCAUCACCCGACUCGGCCUGCAGCCCCAUUUAAACACCUCUCUCAAGCAUUUUGUGUACUUUGCAAAGGAGUUCGAGCUGGUCGAGAAGAAGGAUUUCGGCCCGCUGUCUGAGUUGGUGGAGCGUAUGUUGGAGGAGAGUAAGUAGAGGUCUGAGUUCUUGAGUUCUUGCUGAGUUCUUGUCUGCUCGUUCAGCAUCCCAGUACUCUGUCUGUGUGGCAGUAUUUCGGGUGCCCUUCCGUAUUGCAAUUGUUAGAAUAUCUCUUGUUGUUGUUAUUGUAUUGUCUAUCUACUAGUAAAGCAAGGCGUUCGCGUGGUUACAUAAUCCAUUACAUGAUCA